AUGGCGCCUCCCCCUAACGAUGCCGACAGGUGUAGGACAACACACUUUAAUAUUCCAGCUGCAACUGUACCGGCAGCUUUUCCUUCUGGUGUAGUUCCCAAUCUGGCCUCCCUCAAGCGAGCGCAUAGCAAAGAUACAUACUCCAGUUUCUCCUGGCAAAAUAGGCCCAACUGUAGCUUUCACCAUAAUUCGCGAAACGAUAUCGAAAACUUUUCUUUGGAGGCUGGUUUCAAUCAAGACAUGAGCCCGCUUGAGAACACUUAUACUAGAGACUUUGGGGAGGCGAGGAGAGUGGAAGAAUAUACUAAUCAAGAAGAAAUCGAUGAUACACAUGAUGAACUCUAUGAGGAUGAUACAACCAUAGGCGGUCAGAAUUUACAAGGAGGAUUUCUACAUGAUCAAGAUCAUUGGGCUAUUCGUCGAUCCGGCUCCUUACCAAUCACCGGCUCUCUUGGUGGUUGUAUUGCCUCCGGUCAGCCGAGUACGGGUCUGGCUUUGGUACUAGAUGGGCCCACGUUGGCCUGUGCCCUCGUCGAGGAAAAUAAAGCUGACUUUCUAGAACUGGUGCAGCAUUGCGCCAGUAUCAUCUGUUGCCGAUCAACGCCAGCUCAGAAGGUUUGUCGAAUAUUUUAUACACGGUGUUAUUCUGUGACUUUCUCUCUAUUCAUCUCACACAGAAAAGCAUAUUAUCUUGUGUCUUAUUCUUUAAAUACAGGCUUCAACUUAUUGGCAAAACUCAAAAAACUUAAAGAUUGUUUGACCUUGUUUUCGCAACUUGUUCAUAUUGGCAGGAAGACCUAUAGCAAAGCACCUUGUCCAGGGUCCAUAGUAUGCAUGAUAAUUUCCAGUCGGACCGUGGACGUGGUAUAUUCCCAGACGUUUGCCGGUAUCGUUAGUAAGCCUUGCUAUUCUUAG